AUGACGACCAAUUGCCACGUCCAAGUACGCAGGGUCGGUCAGAUCAAACGGCUCGGCGUGCUUGAAAAGGCCUUCCAUUGUCUUUGGGUUGUUAUUAACGCCCUUUUCGCUGAGCAUGCAGCUGCCCCCGGAGCCCCAGAGAAACUUGUCCUUCAGCCUAGAAGGAUCCCCGCGAUCAUCGUUAAGAAGCGAAACAAGGUGGCCACCCAAGACGCAAAAGCCAUUGCCGUGAUUGCGGGUGUAGGUCAUGGCACUGGUGCGUCUCUGGCGCGCAAAUUCACCACCACAUAUCCCGUGGCACUGCUGGCUCACUCGCACCCCAAGGUCGCUUGCCCUGGAUCCAGUAUAGGACCCCCAAGCAGUUGA